AUGAAGAUACCCAAACUCUGCUGUCGACGGUCCGCAGAAUCGAAUUCAGAAUCUCGAACGCCGGUUUUCCAAAGAUUUUCCUGUGGAAUAGGAGGCAUACUGAGUGAAAUAACAAGUCAAACUCUCUCAUUUCGUUUGGUUUUCUUCAUGAACGUUCUCGGUCUUUCUGCAACAAACGCCGGGUGGUUAGUGGUUUACGGAAAGAUCUCUCAAGCUUUGGCGCAACCUCUCUGUGCGUUCUUGGGAAACCGAAUCAAGAUUCCAUUUUUGUCUCGGAAGCUCGGAAGAAAAAAGUCUUGGCAUUUCAUCGGAACGACAAUGAUAACGAUCUUCUUACCACUCUACUUUGCUCCUUGUUUUCCUUGUCAGAGUGAUGGUGGACAGUGGCAGCUGAUGAUUUACAUUCUUGCCCUAAGCACAGUUGUCUCAACUGGCUUCGGCUUAGUAGAACUCGGGCACCUGUCAAUCAUUCCAGUAAUUUCAAAGAAUCAAGCAGAGGCCAUUGAACUGAACGCAUGGAGGUUUGUAUAUUCCGAUUUGCCAGCUUAACAAGCAUUUAGCAAAAUUAUGCUUAUGCAUUUUGCUGUAGUUGUAGUUAUGCACUUAUUAUGCUAUGCACUACAUUUAAAUGUUUUGAUUUUGAUUAGCUGGGUACACUGCUACCUCCGUAAUCCAUCCGGGGGUGGGGGAAAGGUUCUCCUCAAGAUCCAACCCCUUACCCUAGAUAUACCAUUUUUGCCAGAAAAGGUACCCCUUCGGUUUACCUUCCAAUGAUGCCAUUUCACAUAAAUAUUAACAGUAAACCUUCUAAUUUAAUAUCGGUUGCAAAUUUCUUGGUCAAAGCUUGCCCUUUUAAAUAAAGCAAUAUAUUUUCCUAUCCUGGAUAUACAUCAACUAGCGAAACCCAGGAUCAAUUUAAGUUUCUAAGAAAGUGCCCACCGACCCAUCCCCUAACACAACAUUUUGCCCUAAGUGAGAAGUAAGUGUUAAUGUUGACUUAAGGGAGGAGUAGGUGGGCAGUUUCUCAGGAGCCUAAAUUGAUCCGAAACCCCUACCCCUGGCCAUAAAAUGCCUGAAGUCUGAAUGAGGAACCCCUCUAGGGCGUAGCCUCCCCAUUAAGUCACCGUAGCAAAUAUCGCUCCCGGGCCUCUACAGAUAAUAAUUUCAUAAAUAUUACAGAAGUAAUGACAUUUUGGGGGGCAAUGCUUUUUGCACAUGCAAAAGUGGCGUAACUUGGCUGCUGAUGAUACUUUUCGUCAGAAGCUACUCAACAAGCCCACAGAAAGUCAAAACAAUAAUUAUAAAAAUAUGCUUUACAGGAUUUGAAGUUUUGAGGGAUAACUCAUAAUUAUUCCAUUUAUUCUAAGGCAAACUUUUCAGUUCUCGGGUGGUGCCCUUACGUACCUUGUGGCUUGGGCAGUUUUGGGACAAGACAAUGCUAAUCAACAAAUUUCACCAGAAAGCUCUAUGGACUUUACGGUAAAGUGCACAUCACUUUUGUUGAACUCCUGACCGCAGGCGCAAACAAAUAAUUUCGUUUUUUGUUCUUCGUCUGCUUCUUUUCCAGGUUUUGGCAAUAAUUAUGGUAGGAAUAGGUUUUACUAUCACAACGAUUAUUUUUCACGGUGGAACCAAAGAGCCCUCUGAAAAAGUUGUCAACAGUCUGCCAAUCACUGAUAAGACCGUCACGGAUGACCAUGCUACGGUAAUUUUCACAUUGUUUUUGUUUUAUCAUGAAAGCCAAUCCACUAUUCCUGUUUGCAUCUGGUGUCUAAACAAAAAAAAAAUACAUGGAAGGUGCAGACAUGUGAAUCAUUUAAUUUCCCCCCAAGCGGUUCAAGAAAAAUUCCUUAUCUUCAAUGCAUUAUAUUUUGUCUCUUAAUAUACACCUUGAUACUAGCAAGAAGAAGUAGGCGUUAUUGACGAUUAAAACAGAUUCAGGACUUAACGAACGAAUAAACGAAUGACGACGGAACUCAAUUUCAAGGCACUGAUGAAAAAUACAAGAUAGACGAACAAAUUUCCUCCUGGCCAGAACUUGCUUGGUUCGUGAAUACUACAUACCGACUUACGAUGUGUUUCCCUUUCUUACAUUUUUCUCUAGGUUAAGCACACUACACUGAUUAAACACAACUCUACACACAAAAUAUAUUAACUAAGUCUAAAUGGCUGAAAUUUGCCCGCAGUUAUUAGAUGUUAAUAUGCUUGAAUUAAGCCCAUUUCACAAAUUAGAAUUCGGAAACAAUAGGCAUAUGAGACCUAUCCGAACAUGUGUCUUCAAAUCUAUUUUAAGCCAACACCUGUUACUUAAACAAAUAAUUGUAUUCUUUUCUUUUCAAUUACUUCUUCUUUAGAAAAAGUCAUCUUUUACUCCACCAUUCUCCAGUCUACAGUCGAUGACCAUGGCAACAGGUACACUUAAAAAAAAAACACAACAGAACUAGCAAUUAAUGUCUUCCUCGAGAACGUACGGGUUAUUCGUUGAAAUGCGCUGCGAAGGGUUUUGGCUAUACCCGUGAAUUAAUUUCCAAAAUGCAAUUGUUCAAAUACUUUAAUUUCUUUUAAAAAACAUUAUAAAAACAAAAAAGUUAGUGCAACUAUUGCUGUUUUUUUGUUUGUUUGUUUUUUUCCCUCUCUCUCUCUCACUCUUCCCCCGUUUCUCCUCACUCUUCCUUUUCUUCUUUCCUUUUCCUUCGCUACAGACUAAGCGGCUUAUCGAAAGUACCAAAACUGCCUUUUGGCUGCAAAUUUCGCUAGGUAAUCAUUUCCAAAAAUCUGCGGGCUAUAGGUUUGCAGAUCACAAAAUGAAAUUUAAGUUGUCGAAAUGCUAAGAGUUCAAUUUUCUCUCAUGCGCCAUAUUAAACUUUAAUUCUCAAGACUUUUGCUCAGUUUGUCCCAAAGUUAUUCAUUUACUAAAUUAAAUAUACUGUAAAAGCUACCUAAGUAUUUAAGUUACUUAACAAUAACGGAAUUAACUGCGAUUGGCGUUGCCCAAUAAUCUAUAAUAGUGCUAUGCUCAAAGUAAAUCAUCGUUGUUUCGUUUAAUUCCUUAACGUCAAUUUUGUCAUUUUUUCGUGCUAAGAUUGGUGCUGCGUUGCCAUUUAAAACUUAGAAAUUUUAUUUAUAUACUUUAGACCUGCUAUUUACCAAGGAAAGAAUGCGCGAUUGGUUCAUUGACAGUUUGAAGACGAAGGGGGAACCAGAGGUGCAGAUAGAAGAUCAUACCAGGAAGAAAAGUUUUGCAAGGCACUUUAUUAACGCCAUGUUUGGGGUGAAUGAGAAGGAGAAGAAUGAAGCUAAUGAAGAACUACCUCUUGGUGAAGAUACAGUUAGAGAAGCUAUUCCCAAUGCCUCCGUUGCUCAUGUUUCAAUUUCAUCUUCAUCAAAAACUCAGAUUGAUGAUUCGACAAUGUUGCAGAAUGUCAAGGAAAUGCCCCAAGAGCGUAAAAUAAGCGUUCUUAAGAGUAUAUUUUAUGAAUUGGUGGGGUUAAAAGAGCACUUGCCGACUUGCAAUGAAGAGGAAACGAAAGCUCCUACAGGAACGAGCAACUCUAACGGUACUAGCUGUACAGAGAUACCAAACGAUUAUACCGAAGUAAUUGAUGAGUCUUUUGGAACUGACAACGAAGGCUAUGAAUGUGGUAGAAUUGUGGCGAGAUCGUUUCACCUAGACCAGAUCAAAAAAACCAGCCGAGGGGAAGAGACUUUUACCAACCCACUGGCAACAAAUCAUGGCCUUCCAUCUGAAGCCAUAAAGAAUAACGAGUCGCCUUCAUUUGUCCCUGCUGAAUCCGAAUCUGCUGUUUCCGUCUCAGCUGCACCCAAGACAGUGCGAGCAUGGCUUAAAGAUCCACGUCUUUACUUGGUGGGUCUUUUUUUUUUUCUUCUGUUAAUAUCAUUAAAAUUGUAUUAACAUUAGCACCACACUACAACGACUCCUGUUUUGUUUACAUAGGUGGCCACGAUAUUUUCCAGUGCAAAAGUUUUGCAGGACUUUUGCUUCAACUAUCUGCCACUGUUUCUUGUACACAGAGUUCAGUUUCAAAAGGUAAAUAGAUUUAUCAGUUUAUUGCAUUUGUCACAAAAAAAUAAUGAACCUUUUUAGUAAUAAAACUAUAAGUAAAAAAAAAGAAUAUUGACAGAAAUGGUUCAGUGAGUGAAAUGGGAGUAAGGAUUGCCGAACAAUUCUUUUUUUUUUUGAGUCAUUAACCUUUUUAACAUCAAAAUUAGUUAAACACUGUAUUCUCUUGCUGAUCCAUUAACGUUUUCUUGUUGUUUUUUUUUAGGGAGCCAUUGCCUAUCUUCCACUUAUAAUGUUGAUCAGUGGAGCAACAUCUUCAGUCAUUUCUAAGAAAAUUAUCGUCAAAAUGGGAAGCAAGGUAACAAAUGUGUCCAGGAAACAUCAACUGCGGAUCAUGAACAUUUUCGACGAUGAGCGUAUGAAUGGUUAAUUCCCCCAGGGGGGGUGGGGGAGGAGGGGUGGGUUCCUAGUAACAGGGUAAUGGGGAUGUGUGCGUUGAUGGCGUCGCAUUUGCACGACAUGAAUAACUAUAAUGGGGUGUCAUUUUUACAGUAGUUACCAUAGAUUUUGGGGUCAGAAAAUUUAAAAAUUGGACGAUUUUUACCACAUUAAGUUUUACAAAUGUGCCAAUUCAUUUGAGGAUGAUGCUUUACAAGGUAAAUACAAGCCCAGAAAGUGGCUAAGUAGGGAUCGCCAAAAUAUAUUUGCCUAAGAUGAGAUGUAUGAUUGGCCACAGAAUAGACCGAAAGAGGGGUUCUGGGAGGCUAGGGGCACAUACUCCAUGACAAAAUUAACCCAACUACAUGUCCCCCGGUAAUGGCCAUGGUCAUGCUUCCCCUUCUUAAUUAAUAACCUAUAAUAUCCUCAUAAGACUCCUACCCUUAAACGAAAAGAAGUAAUCUCCAGUAAUAACCUUUUUAAUGUGCGUCGAUUUUCAUAACAAUUUUUUGUUUUUUUGCUGGAGGAAAGACACUGCAGGAACAAGGAAAUUCGAAGGUUUUACACCAAGCUUAAAGACUAAACGACUAUCGGCUUUUUUGCGAAGAUAGCUGUUUUUAGGUUUGACUUCACUAUCUCGCUUUAUAUUCUUUCAGUGGUCUUUCAUCAUGGCUGCCCUUUUAGCGGUUGGAGCUGGCGUGUGGUUCUAUUUUAUCACCGAGAACACUAAAGUAAUGACAUAUCCAGCCGUUGUUUUGCUUGGAUUUGGGUUUUCCAUUAUGAUCGUAAAUUCACUGAACUUUGCAGCAGAACUUAUUGGAGACAAUACAGUAAGUCAAAUUACCGGCAAAGUAAGAACUGAGAAAGUUAGCUGAAAUUAAUACUGAAGUGUGGUAGGUGAAUUUUCUCAACUUCAAAAAUUCUUAAUUCUUUAAAGGAAAAGGAAUAGCCUUUGAAAACAGCCGACAUUUCGCGACUCCACUAUUGGUUUCCCCGCGAAACGAGCGCAGAAAUUCCGUUAUGACGAGCCCAGAACUGGCUAGUGCCCCUCAUUGGUUGCUUCAGCCAAUUAGAAGUACUAUACCUAGUUCUGGGUAACAACAAGUCAUCAGUAUGGAGUUUCUGCUCUCGUGCCUUCGACGAGGAAUAUUCCUUUCGGGCUUUUAUAAGGAUUUUUCCUCUAACGUUGUCCAUUUCCAUUUUUGGUCUUUUUUUUUUUUCUUAGCAGAAGCUUUGUCGAUAGAGAAGAUAAAAUGUUUUAUUAAAAGAAGUGACAGGGAGGCCAUUGAGUAUUUUUACGGGCUCCAAAAUUGAAGAGGGACGCCUGUUCGCUCCCCCCGAUCUACCGGGACGUUUUACCGCGUGAUCCGCAGUAGAAAUCAGGUGACAAAACGACUAACUCCAGUCAUGGUCAUGACUUAACAGAGGGCACUUGAUAAAGAUUCCGUGAUGGAAUUGAAAGCUUGUUAAUAAGAAGUUUUUCUAUCCUGGGAAUUGAAUCUUCGGCGUUUACUCGAUCUAAAUAUCAUGGUGACAGGAUUAAGCAACUCUUUCUUCGCUAAUAAACCUUUGUCAGGUGUGGCAACAAGACGCAUAUUGAAAAUGAUCUUAGGCAGGGGAAAAAAUCAACAACAGAGAGCGUUGUCAUGGCUACAUCUGGAUUACGUGUCAUUUACCAAUGAACCGUUCAUCAUCAUCAUCAUCAUUAUUAUUAUUAUUAUUAUUAUUAUUGUUAUUAUCAUUAUUUGUCACCAAAAGUCUUACUAUCUUUUAGCGCUUUGAAUCACAUAAUUGACCCAUGACGUCAGAGAGUAACAAUUUCAGGAUACUAUAUUAAGUUCCGCUGAUACUUUUGUUAUCAGUGCUAUGUUUAAUAAAUAAAUCUAAAAAAAGGAAAAAGGAAAGAAACUAGUGAAAAAACAAACAAAGAAAAGAUGAAUUAAAAAAUUACUAAAACAAGAUGACGUCGUUUCUCAUGACAAUAUAUAUACUUCUGUCCGAUCGGCACCUCGGAAUCGGCAAAAUAUAUAAUUAAGUGUUAGCCUUCGGACCAGUUUCAAAUUAGGUUAUUUUUUUAUUAAAGAUAAUGAUAGCUAUAGGCGUCUGGAAUGAUGCAUUUUAUUCAGCUCAUUUUAACUAUACUCUUCUUAUUCUUAGAGCACAUGCGGAGUUGUUUUUGCAGUCAUGGGCUUGAUGUCGAGGGCCGUGGCAGGAACUAUGUACCUAGCAAUCCAAAAAUUCUUUCCUCAAGGAAGGUAGGAAUAGGUUUUAUCGUAUUUAAAUCAAAUUUAAAAUGUUGUAUAUUUUAAAAUGUUAGAGCAUUAGAAGUGGAUUUCUCGUGUGAACUUCCAACAUAUGCUCAAAAACGUUCUGCAUUUCGGCUUUCUCAGAAGGCUAACUUUAAUUGGUAGCUACCUGCAGCUGAUGCAUUAAUUCAAAUUAUACCGUCAGUAAGAUACCUUUACAUUUCCUAGAAUUUUUUGUCAAUAUAUCCCUCGUAGUUUUGACUGAUACAGCAACUCUGGAUGACGAAAUCGGAGACUUCUUAUGUGGCUUAAUAAUUUCGCUUGACUCACCCGGUUAUUCAACGCUAUUUCCUUGAGGCUAGCAAGCUCUAGCACAUUAACUUUCUGAGAGAACGGUUGAUGUACCUAAAUGUUAUUUAUCUAUACUAUUUAUUUAAUAUCUAUUUAUUUACUUAUUUAUACAUUUUAUUUAUUACAUAAACACCAAUGAAAUACCAGGUGAACUUUCGCACGAUUUCAAACUUGAUAUUUCACAUGUGUGAAGAUAACAUGUUAUCUUCACAUGUGAAAAUAUCACCUUUGCUAUGGCUACAUAAUAAAUCGCGCCUUUCACACCAAAAAACUAUUAAAGUGAAAUGGCUUCGUAUUUCAUUGGUGUAUAUAAUAGAAAUAGAACAUUACAUGGCCGCUUGGAGAUACGAAUACUCUCUUCUCGUGUUGAAAAAAUAUUUUACUCGUUCGCUGCGCUCACUCGUGAAAUAUUUUUCAACACUCCAAGAGAAAUUUCGUAUCUCCGCGCGGCCAUGUAAUAUCCUCUAUUUAUUUUAUUAUCGUUUAUAUAUAAUUGAUACUCUUUCUUGUUUUAAUUAUUUCAUCAUUUGAUUUGUAGCAACUCUACAGACUGCGAAGAGUGUGGAAAUUAUGUACGUCACCUCUUUUCAUUCGUACCAGGCUCUCUCGCCGUUAUCGGUGUGUUGGCUCUUAUGUUGUUCCAAGCGCCACAAACAAAUUGCAAGAGAAAUGGUGAGUGAAUGCACUUUUCUUAAAAUAAAAUAGAUGAAAAAACAUUUCCUUAUGCAAUGAAGUUAAGGAAUAAAACAAGUUGAAUCAACUUUCCUUCAAUAAUUAUGGUGAGCAUUUUUUUUUUCCUUUUUUAAUGAAUGCUUCAUUAACAGCUACACUGAGAAUGCCGGCCAAACGUUUUUUUUUCUUUCUAAGUUGUGAAAACGUUUUGCAAAUAGUUAAUACCGUAGAACCACGGUAACUCGAACUCUCUUCGUUUUGCUAUCUUUUUCAAGCUAGGGAAACAUCACAAUCUCUAAGGUUUUACAGCAACACUCAAGUGAACCGGCUCUUUUACAGUACCAGCACUUAGUCAGUGUAGCUUAGCGGCCGCUCACUUGGUAACCAGCCCUGAUACUGGGGUGGUGUAAACCAUUUUCUAUUAUUAUUUCAUGUGUUUCAUUUGUGUUUUGUUUGAAAUAAAUAUGAAAUAGGAACACGCCGGGUCUCAUUUGACCCCAUAUUCGUAGAUAUAUCUUUUUUUUUUUUCAUCCCUGAAAUAUUUUGUGGUAGCUAGUCUUAAUGAGCACUGAUUUAACCAAACAAAAAAUGAUUCGAAUGGGCCUUGUUUAACAGUUUAGUCAGCUUUUCUUAAGUAACACGGGUUAAAUAAUCUUAUAUUAUCUGGUCUAAAAGAACCGGGCUCUAGUUUAAGGGUUUGUGGGUUAAUAUCACUAACCUAUAUGAUUUAUUCUUUUGCAGCUCCUAAAACAGACACUAGCGUGAAAUUAGACGGGACUUGGGAUACCCGACUUUAA